AUGUCUACAAUUUGUUUGAUCAUUUGUCUCAAGUCUUGUGCUGACGUUGUUGUCACCAAUAAAACACUUUUUCCAACAUUUUCGAGAACGUCGCUAGGGCCUCCUGAAAAAAUAUCAAAAAGUGUCAUUGCAUUACUCAAAGCCUAUCAAUGGAACAAGUUCGUGAUAGUCGCCGACACUCGACAAUGGACAAAAGAGAUAACAUUGGCAAUAAAGGAAUUAGCAGGAAAAAAUAAAUUGAAUGUAACUGAUGUCAAAUAUUUCACUGAUUACAUUCGAGCUAAAUACGAGCACAUGCAAAACAUCAUCAGUGAAAGCUUUCGAAAAACAAGAAUUUAUGUCUUCGUGGGGGGCCCAUGGGCUUUGGAUGAUUUCAUGUUGUGUCUACAAGAACGAAAACUUUUAGACGCAGGCGAAUACAUGGUCGUGUCAGUAAAUGAUGAGUUUUAUAAUCCUGAUUUAAAGAUGGUGCAGGGAGUGAGACAAAACAACAUCCUAAGCCAUCCUUUUUUGUCGAGAUUUAAAAAUAAAGCAUUAAACGCUAAAUCUUAUCAGUCAAUUCUUCAAAUUACGUUGACAGCACCAUCAGUUGAUUUGACAAAUUUUUAUCGCGAAAUACGAGAAAAAGCGAAGAAGUUUAAUAUUCCUUAUCAUUCAAAGAUUGCACCAGUUAUCUCAGUUCGAGCGGCUUAUCUCUAUGACGCCGUGAUAAUUUAUGCACAAGCGGCAACGAAAAUGCUGAGUAGUGGCGGGGAUUUGCGCGAUGGCCGUACAUUAAUGCAAAAAUAUGUCUUCAACAACAUGUACACGUCAAAACAAGGAUUCCAAGUUUUGAUCGAUGAAAAUGGGAACGCAGAAGGAAAUUUCUCCGUAUUUUCAAUGCAAUACAUAAAUGAGACAGCCAUGACGAUGCAACAAGUUGGGUCUUUUGUAUCAUCGUCCAACAAUGCUUCCAGAACAGAACUUCCAAAAUUUCAAUUAAGUGAAACGAAAAAUAUUCUUUGGAUAAAUGGAAUUCCGAGAGAUGAGCCAAAAUGUGGGUUUGAUGGAUGCCCAAGCGAUUGGAGCUUUCUUAUCUCAAGUCUUCUGGUGUUCUUAUUUGUCGCCCUCGUUAGCGCUUUUCUCUUAAAGCAUUACCGAUACGAGCAAAAGCUUCAAUCAAUUAUGUGGAAGGUUGACAUUAGGGAAAUUACAUUCUUGGGGAAAGAAUAUAAUGAAGAAGCUUACAGAACUGGGAACAUGACCCAAUAUUUUCGACAUCGAACCAUGAGUCUAAUAACAGGCGAUACAGGAAGAAGAGCUUACACAACAAUUGGAUUUUUUCGAGGAAAUUUCGUGGCUUUAAAGAAGGUUCACAAACGUUCAAUUGAUUUAACGAGAAGCAUAAAGAAAGAAUUGAAACUGAUGAGAGAAUUGCGUCAUGAGAAUAUCGUAACAUUUAUUGGUGCAAGCGUGGAAAGCUCAAACAUUUACAUACUGACAAAUUAUUGUGCUCGAGGAAGCUUGGAAAAUGUGUUAGCAAACCAAGACCUAAAAUUAGAUCAUUUAUUCGUGUCUUCGCUUGUAUUUGACAUAAUGAAAGGACUCAUCUUUUUACACGACAGCGAGAUUGUAUCGCAUGGAAAUCUUAGGUCGAGUAACUGUCUUGUUGAUUCUCGUUGGUGUGUGAAACUUUCUGAUUUCGGCCUCAAUGAAUUUAAAUUGGGAAGUGAUGAACCGGAUAAAAGUGAGAAAGAGAUCAAAAGAAAUAUUUGUAGAUCUCCUGAACUUUUAAGACUUCACAAUCCACCUUCAUACGGCACACAGAAAGGCGAUGUAUAUUCAUUUGCCAUAUUGCUUUAUGAAAUUUACGGUAGAAAAGGUCCUUUCGGUUUCGGUCAUGCUUACGAUUCAGAAACACUUGCGGCUACUUACAAAGAAAUUAUUGAGAAAAUCAUAAAUCCACCAAAUCCUAUGAUGAUUCUUCGACCACCUUUACAUAUUUUAGACGCACCGGAAUGUGUGAAGCAAAGCAUUGUGCUGUGUUGGAAUGAAGAACCUGACGACCGACCCGAUAUGCGACUUGUACGAAUAAAAUUGAAGGAACUUCAAGGAGGAUUAAAAUCCAAUAUUUUUGAUAACAUGAUGGCUUUAAUGGAAAAAUAUGCAUACAAUUUGGAAGAGUUAGUGCAAGAACGAACGACACAGCUGAGUGAAGAGAAGAAGAAAACUGAAAAUCUUUUGCUGCGAAUGCUUCCGCGAUCUGUCGCUGAAUCUUUGAUGCAUGGAGAACGAGUUGUAGCUGAGUGUUUUGAUUGUGUCACAAUAAUGUUCAGUGACUUGGUUGGAUUUACUGAAAUAUGUUCGACAAGUACACCACUUGAAGUCGUUGAAAUGUUGAAUGAUUUGUAUUCACUCAUGGACUCAAUCAUAUCGAAUUUCGAUUGUUAUAAAGUUGAAACAAUUGGCGAUGCAUAUAUGGUUGUGAGUGGACUUCCAAUAAGAAAUUUAGAUCAUGCAAGUCAAAUAGCUUCGCUAGCUUUGAUGAUUUUGAAUCGUGCAUCAAAAUUAGAGAUUCGUCAUCGACCUGGUGAACUUUUUCAAAUUCGAAUUGGCAUUCACUCUGGUCAAGUUGUGGCUGGUUGCGUAGGCUUAAAAAUGCCACGUUAUUGUCUCUUCGGUGACACAGUUAAUUGUGCAUCACGGAUGGAAAGCACAUCGGAACCAAGACGAAUUCACGUCUCAACAGCGACUUAUGGAUUGUUAAAGAAAACUGGUCGAUAUAUUUGUGAAGAGAGGGGAUUGACAUUCAUUAAAGGAAAAGGUGAGAUGAGAACAUUCUGGCUAAAAGGCGAAGACAAAAGUAAAAUUGUUGAAGCACCAAAGAAGCUUAAAAUUGAUGACUGGAAUAAAACGCCAGAUUUACUUUGCAUUGACAACAUCAGAUUAGCUGUAAAACGGAAUCAUGAUUUUUGUGAAAGAAAUUUCGCCACAAAGUCAUUAAGUAAUAUUAAUCAUUCGUAUUUGUUUAGUUCACUAAUGGAGCAUAAGUUUGUAGAAAAUUUACCAUCUUUGGGUAUUUCAAAGAAUUUCCCCAGCCACGACUGUUAUUUGUGUCAAAAGAAAAAAUAUUUGUACCAAAAAUAUCAUCAAGAAUUGCGUCAUCGUUGUGAGAAAUUUUGCAGCUCUUCAAAUUACGUCGCGUCGUUUUCAUCGUCUUCGGAGAUUGAAGUAGCCGUCAAUGAAUGUUCAUGCAGUCGAGUUAGUCAAAACCCAUCAAUUCCUAGUCGAUCACCCAGCUCAGCGCCACAAAUCAUAUUCACUGAAUAA